CGCUGGUCCCCUCGGAGGGUGUCAGCUACGGCCACUUCCUUGGGCUCCUCCCUCGCUUCUCACUCUUCUGUCCUGGGAGCCCGGCGGGCCCGGGGCUCCCGUCCGUGCCGGUGCGGGCGCCGGCAUGUGGCUGUGGGAGGACCAGGGGGGACUCCUGGGCCCCUUCUCCUUCCUGCUGCUGCUGCUGCUGCUGGUGACGCGCAGCCCCUUCAAUGCCUGCCUCUUCACCGGCAGCCUCUACGUCCUGCUGCGCGUCUUCAGCUUUGAGCCGGUGCCCUCGCGCAGGGCCCUGCAGGUGCUCAAGCCCCGGGACCGCAUAUCCGCCAUCGCCCACCGCGGCGGCAGCCACGACGCGCCCGAGAAUACGCUGGCGGCCAUUCGGCAGGCAGCUAAGAAUGGAGCAACAGGUGUGGAGUUGGACAUUGAGUUUACUUCUGAUGGGAUCCCUGUCCUGAUGCAUGAUAACACAGUAGACAGGACGACUGAUGGAACUGGCCGAUUGUGUGAUUUGACAUUUGAACAAAUUAGGAAGCUUAAUCCUGCGGCAAAUCACAGACUCAGGAAUGAUUUCCCUAAUGAAAAGAUCCCUACCCUGAGGGAAGCUGUUGCAGAGUGCCUAAAUUAUAACCUCACAAUCUUCUUUGAUGUCAAAGGCCAUGCAAAUAAGGCUACUGAUGCACUAAAGAAAAUAUAUAUGGAAUUUCCUCAAUUGUACAAUAACAGUAUGGUUUGUUCUUUCUUGCCAGAUGUUAUUUACAAGAUGAGACAAACAGAUCAGAAUGUAAUAACAGCUUUAACUCACAGACCUUGGAGUCUUAGCCAUACAGGAGAUGGGAAACCACGCUAUGAUGCUUUCUGGAAACAUUCUAUGUUUGUGAUAAUGGACAUUUUGCUUGAUUGGAGCCUGCAUAAUAUCUUGUGGUACCUGUGUGGAAUUUCAGCUUUCCUCAUACAAAAGGAUUUUGUAUCCCCGAACUACUUGAAGAAGUGGUCAGCUAAAGGAAUCCAGGUUGUUGGUUGGACUGUUAAUACCUUUGAUGAAAAGAGUUACUAUGAAUCCCAUCUUGGUUCCAGCUACAUCACUGACAGCAUGUUGGAAGACUGCGCACCUCAGUUCUAGACAUUUACCUUGGGAAAGAAACCCAGGUUUAGAAAAUGCCUGCUGGCCUCAUGUAGGGAUAUGAAAAUGCCCUUUGUGCUAGCCCAAGCCCAGGGGGAUUUGGUUGCUCACAUAAGCAAUAGUUGGUAAUUGCAUUUUUACUUGAACCAAAGCAAAGCCCAGUGUGGCCACCGCACUCCAUGGAAUUCCUGCGUUCAACACUGUUGCUCUUGAAAAUCUGGGUCUGAAAAAUGGCACAGCAGCUCCUGCCCCAUCCUGGUGGAGGCAUACACCAAGACCCAGUGAGGAUAGGCGUAGACCGAGUUGUACAAUUUGGGGAUGCAGAUUUAAAUGCAUGGGACAUGCAUGAUCACUCGGAGCUGACAUUUUAAAACUGGCCACACUUAAGUAAUUCACUUAUUUCAGAUAUUUGUAUUCAGCUGUGUUAACAGUGUACUGUAGAUGUCAAACUUGUGACUAUACUAAUAAAAUCAUUAAAAGGGAGCAGUAAAGGAAAACUGUGUGGCAGGCAUCAUAUCCUAAGGCGUAAGGAAUUUGGGGAAGCCGCUAUGUACCAUCCAGUGAGGCCUCAAUGUGCAGCAACCAAAAUGAUAGGGAAGUGUUGAAACCCAUCUGAGGAAUUUUUUACAGCAUCUUGCAAUAAGAGCCACAAACCACCAGGGGGCAGAGUUGCACUUUUCCAGGCUUUUUAGGAAGCUCUACAACAGAUGAUCGUAGACAAUUAGAACUGGAAGAAACUUCCAAGAACAUCUAGGUUUAUCCUUAUUUUACAAAUGAGAAAACUAAAACCUGUGGAAGGAAAGGAGCUGCCUAAAAACCACACAGCUGGGGAUGUAGCAGAGCCUGAUCUCUUGAUAACUAAGAUUUCUUGUUUACUGUUGGCCAGGAAAUGUACAAGGGGUUUAAUAUGUGUUAUUUUAUUCAGCCCUCACAAAAAUCUUAUAAAGGUGUUAUCAUUCUCUUUUUACUGAUGAGGAAACCAAGGCACUGCAGAGUUAAAGUCACUUACCCAGGGUCUCUGAGUCUGUGAUACAAUUGGUAUUCAAAUCCAGGUCAGUCUGACUCCAGAGCCAUUGCUCUAACUACUCACCAUGUCUGCCUUUCUAAUGUACAGCCCUUGAUCCCAACUCUGCUCUUUCCCGUGUGAACUUCAGUAGUUUUAUUGUGAACUUAAGUAGCAAUAUUUAAAAUGAAGUUGAAUUUUUUAAAAAUG